UUUAUUCAACAAUAAAUCAUCACACUGACACGUUCCCCUCACUCUUCAUCUACCCUAUAAAAUCCCCCGCACCCUUCUCUGUACCUGCCAAACACCUCUUUCCAUCUCACACACAAAAUACACACCAAGUACUCCACUCCUACCAGUACAAUCUCCACUUGAGGGCCCCACCUAACAAUUCUAAAAAAAAAUAAUAAUAAAAAAAUUCAUAGAUCAGGUAACCACCUCCAUGGACAGAGGAGUAGCCGUCGGUGAACCAUGGCGACCCGACCCGACAGUGAGAUCCGAUUUGUUUAAACCUCCUGAAACUCCGAAAGAGCCCAUGGAGUUUCUCUCACGGUCUUGGAGUGUGUCAGCUCUAGAAGUUUCUAAAGCGCUUACUCCUUCUAAACUGAUUUUUCCUAAGGGUAUGAUUGGCGUCGGGGGUAGUGGUAGUGGUGGUGGUGAUGGGCCCAUUUUAGAAGAUGUUGCGGAGGAAGUGGCGGCGGUUGUAAGCGGAAAUCCGUUCUCAUUCGCUUCUUCUGAAACUUCUCAGCUUAUUAUGGAGCGUAUUAUGUCACAAUCUCAAGAGGUAUCUCCGCGCACAUCUGGUCGGCUUUCGCAUAGUAGUGGCCCACUCAAUGGCUCCUUAACCGAUAGUCCUCCGGUGUCUCCCUCCGAAAUGGACGAUGUCAAGUAUGGUCGCCUAAACAACCACUCAAAUUCACAGUAUCGAUCAAUUAUCAAUCCUACAGCAGUAACCCAUCCGGCUGCCACAGGGAAGACUGUUGGGAGAUGGCUUAAAGACCGGAGAGAAAAAAAGAAGGAAGAAACGAGAGCUCAUAAUGCUCAGCUACACGCUGCAGUUUCUGUGGCAGGUGUCGCAGCAGCUAUUGCUGCAAUGGCAGCUGCAACUGCUGCAACGUCAGGUAGUCGUAAGGACCAAGAAGCUGCACGGACUGAUAUGGCUGUUGCGUCUGCCGCUACCCUUGUGGCUGCUCAAUGUGUCGAGGCUGCUGAAGCCAUGGGUGCCGACAGGGAGCAUUUAGCUUCUGUUGUUAGCUCUGCGGUUAAUGUUGGAUCGGCUGGUGAUAUCAUGACGUUAACUGCUGCUGCUGCCACUGCGUUGCGUGGAGCUGCCACACUGAAAGCGAGGGCAUUAAAGGAUGUGUGGAAUAUUGCAGCCGUGAUACCAGCCGAGAAAGGGAUCACUGAAAGCAAUGGCAGCAAUGGUUCCAGUGGCAGUCACAGUGGUGAACUGUUGCCUGAGGAGAAUUUCCUAGGGAUCUGCAGCCGAGAGCUACUUGCUCGAGGCUCUGAGCUUUUGAAACGCACUCGGAAAGGCGAUCUUCACUGGAAAAUAGUGUCCGUUUACAUCAAUAGACUUAACCAGGUUAUACUAAAGAUGAAGAGUAGGCACGUUGCUGGGACCAUCACUAAGAAGAAAAAGAAUAUUGUAAUUGAAGUCAUCAAAGAUAUGCCAGCUUGGCCUGGUCGCCAUUUGUUGGAGGGCGGAGAUUACAGGAGAUAUUUCGGAUUGAAAACGCUCUUGCGUGGUGUUGUAGAAUUUGAAUGCCGCGACCAAAGGGAAUACGAGAUUUGGACUGAAGGAGUCUCGAGGCUACUUGCUCUUUCCGCCGAAAAGAACAAUAGGCAAAGGAUCUAGGAGACUUAGUACUACCAAUAUAUUUUUGGGAUUAAUGUGUUUAAUGGGUUAAUGCAUUUGAUCUUUGUACCGUUGUAGUAUAUGAUGGUUUUUUUGUUUUUUUUUUUUUUUUUUUUGCAAGGUAAUGACUUGGGAAGAUGGGUAUAGUGGAAGAAAAAAAAAAGAAUGUAGGACAUUGGUAACAACUAAGAACCAUAUGUUUUAAAAUUGGUGGGGGAAUGGUUUUUGGGCUUUGUUUGAAAGUAAAUUUCUUAUGUAUCCUAUGUAAAAAGUAACAAUUAAAGAAGCAAAAGAUUAUGUAAUGGGCUGUUUUUUAGUC